AUGUCUAAGGGCCACAGGGAAGAAGAUAAUUUGAUGAAUAAGCGAGGUAGAGAGGAAGAUUGCGAAAAGUUUUUAAAAGUUACUCCGAAUUUGUUUACUCCGGGACGAUUGCAUCUCUUUGAUUCAUUGGACCUGUACACUUCGUUGAUCAAAUGCAGUAAAUCGAUCGAGCAGGGGGAGAGACUGCAUAAUCUUAGCUGGAGAAUAGUGAAUAAGGCUUUGUUGAAGGAUAAUGAUAUUAAUAAGUCGAAGAAACGAGACGGGUUGAAGAAUCUAUACUAUGUGUUAAAUCCGAUCGCCAACAGGCGACCGUUGGGGCAGCCGCAGAGUCAGGCUGCGAGUGAGAGCUCGACACCGGGUCUGCGAUCUCCGUCCGGCGCGGCGAAACCGGCAGUGCCGAGGAUGGAACCGCUGGCGAAAAGAGAGACCACUGGGGCGAGUUCUAAGCUUAGCCAUAGCGGUAAGGACUCGCUGUUUGCAAACGUCAAGCAGCAUAAGUCUACCAGUGCGUUGAGUCACAUUCAGCGUACUGCCAGUCACAGCAGCAGGAAGGAAGAACCACAAGUCAUAGUAAGGGGGUUCGAUCCCAGUACAGUCAUUACAUCGCGGAAAGCUAAGGAGGAAGCCACUGGGAAGAGGCCUGGCGAAAGAGCGAGGAACACGUUCUACAUCGAGGCGACUCCGCCGCCGGAACCAGAUCGAAAUAGCACAUCCACCCUGGCGUCGCGAAAAGCACUGCCUUCUAGGCAGGAAUCACUAUUUGGCAAGCCAAAGACGAGCGAGAAUGCGGCGCCGUCGAGUAGACGCAACAGCUUGUUUUUCAGCAGCGAGGAGGAGGAGGAGGAAGACUCCGAUUGGGACGAGGACUCUCCCUUCUACGACGAAGAGGAAGAGGCGUAUGACCACGACGACGACGAAGAGGAUCAAUACUAUAGAAGGCAGUGGGACAAACUGCUGUUUGCCAAGAACACCUCUUCCAAGCCUUCCAGCAACGCGACUCCGAACUCAGCCUCCUCAAACGAUCCUAUCAAACGAAGCUUGUUGAGCGGACUGUUCCUGAAUGAGCAGGUAAACGGCAACAACAGAAGCGCGGCGGCCUCGCCCGCCGCGCCGACGAUAACCACAGCAAACGGCGCGGCUUCCACGCCCUACCGAGUUGUUUCAACCGGCACGCAUGCAGGCAACAGAGCUGUGUUUGGGACAAGCAAUGUUAACGCUGUCGGUUCGGUGACGCCGCCCGACAAGCGGCUGCCCGAAGCGUUGUACGAGGAGGCAAAGAGAUCGAGCCGCGGAAGUUUCAGCAGCAUUGUCUCGGAGCAGACUCGAGAAAGAUACACGGGGGAGUCUAACGCCCCACCAGCAGCACAGACGAUUCUGCCAACCGCGCUGUCUACCCAUAUGUUCCUACCGAACAAUGUCCACCAGCAGAGGCUAGCAAUGGCGGCUGCAGCAGGCACACACUCUAGGCCUUCAUCCGCGUACGGGCCGACGAGAAAGACUACAAGGCGCGAAUCGAUAGACAUACCCUCAAAGAACAAAAACAAUAGCUUUAUCAAGACCCGGAUGGAAAUCUCAAAGGAAGAAGACCUAGUUAGAGCUUAUUCACGACGAAAUUUGUAG